AUGGAAAUAGAAUCCAAACAUAAACCCACUACAACUGUAAAACCAGAGCCUCAUGAACGCCACAAAGAAAAGCCUUUGGGUACAUACUAUAGUACUGAAAGUACGGAACAAAAUAAACUCUGCAAAUCUUAUCAACCCAACGGUUGCAGGUUUUGUGGUCAAGCUCAUAAAGCUUCUCAGUGUACUCAGUAUAAAACUGGCCAUGACAGGAUUCAAAGAUUACUUGAAUUGAAACAAUGUGUCCGGUGCAUGGGCAAGCAUCUAACCAGAUCUUGUACAGUCAACCUGCAGACAUGUAGAAGGUGUCAAAAGGGACCACAUCAUACAACCCUAUGUAAAAGUUAUGACAAACAACAAUGUGUUUCAUACCCCGAAUCUAAAAAUGAUAAGGUACAAAGUGCAAAACAGCAGAAUCCUGGUAAUGACAGUGUACCAGUGAGCAGUGCUGGUCAUAGUGAUGUCACUACAGGAGCAGCCACAAUCAGGCCUACUAGUAUAGCUCUAGCCACAGCCAAGGCUAGGUUAGAGAGUGAUAGUGAAUAUAUUAGAAUAUUCUUUGACUCUGGUUCCCAAAGAACUUUUAUUGCAAGAAACUUUGUACAAAGAAAGUGCAUAUCUGUUAAAGCAAGAGAAAGGAUGACCUUGACAGGAUUUACAGGACAGGCACAGAGUCAAAAAUAUGAUAUAGUAAAGCCUGUAUUACAAAUGGGGAAUCGUAAGAAAAGAGUCACUGCAGUAGUAGUUGAUACAUUGCCUGAUACUAUUGUAACUGUAGGACUGAGCAACGUCAUUGAUCACUUAACAAGUAAAGGUAUGAAUAUGGCUGAUACGGAGGUGAAUGAUGACAAAGUGGGCCACAUUGAUAUACUCAUAGGUGCUGAUCACUACUACGAUUUCAUUUCAACGACUACAGCUGUAGUGGAUGGUAUACACCUACUCAGUUCCCCUGCGGGAUAUACAUAG